AACCAGCCAAUCCCUGCCGGGAUAAUCCCUAGACCGUGCUAGAGGCCGCAUUCGGCGUGUCUGUGGACCCGGCUAGGGUCGGGACGCUGCAGGCGGCGGGAUGUCCUGGUCCGGCCUUCUCCGUGGCCUCCGCACGUCCCUAAAUCAUGGCCUAGCCCUGGCCCCGCGGCCUUGGGCCCCGCGUCCCAUGGCCACCCUGAACCAGAUGCACCGCCGGGGUCCUCCAAAGCAUCCGCCUACGAAAGUGGGCCCCACGGAGGGCCGGCCACAGCUGAAGGGCGUGGUCCUGCGCACGUUCAUCCGCAAGCCCAAGAAGCCCAACUCGGCCAACCGCAAAUGCUGCCGCGUGCGGCUCAGCACCGGUCGGGAGGCCGUCUGCUUCAUCCCCGGAGAGGGCCACAACCUGCAGGAGCACCACAUCGUGCUCGUGCAGGGCGGCCGCACGCAGGACCUGCCCGGCGUCAAGCUCACCAUCGUGCGGGGCAAGUACGACUGUGGCCACGUGCAGAAGAAGAAGUGACUCCCUCCCCACCUCCACCGGGACACGGCGGGUGGGUGAUCACCGCAGAACAAAACCUUCCCCUCGGGGCCCCUGCAGUGUCCUUGGGAAGCUAGUACAACUCUAGAAGUAGCUGGUCAUGGUUCAAAGCCUGGCCGCCUCUUCCAUCAGGACCACCCUUAACCCAUAGUGGUCCUGGGUGUGAGUCAGAAAAAAGGCGCCCCUCUCCCAACACUCUUGGUUUCCAUGUUGGCGCCAGGGACCUCUUCUGCUGGGACGAAACACUGUAGUGCCAUCUACUGGGAAGGGGUUGCAAUAAACACAGACACGCCCCCCCA